CCGCCCCCGAGCCCCGGCAGCUCCAGAGCCACCCACGGGCUGGCGAUGGCGUACUUGUCCUGGAGAGUGGCGUAGCCGUGGUGUCCGAGUUUUCUGCAGGUCACUAGUUUCCCGGUAGUUCAGCUGCACAUGAAUAGAACAGCAAUGAGAGCCAGUCAGAAGGACUUUGAAGAUGCAAUGAAUCAAGUGAAACUCUUGAAGAAGGAUCCAGGAAACGAAGUGAAGCUAAAACUCUACGCACUAUAUAAGCAGGCCACUGAAGGAACUUGUAACAUGCCCAAACCGGGUGUAUUUGACUUGAUCAACAAGGCCAAAUGGGAUGCAUGGAAUGCCCUUGGCAGCCUGCCCAAGGAAGCUGCCAGGCAGAACUAUGUGGAUUUGGUGUCCAGUUUGAGUCCUUCAUUGGAAUCCUCUAGUCAGGUGGAGCCUGGAACAGACAGGAAAUCAACUGGGUUUGAAACUCUGGUGGUGACGUCCGAAGAUGGCAUCACAAAGAUCAUGUUCAACCGGCCCACAAGGAAAAAUGCCAUAAACACUGAGAUGUAUCAUGAAAUUAUGCAUGCACUUAAAGCUGCCAGCAAGGAUGACUCAAUCAUCACUGUUUUAACAGGAAAUGGUGACUAUUACAGUAGUGGGAACGAUCUGACUAACUUCACUGAUAUUCCCCCUGGUGGAGUAGAGGAGAAAGUUAAAAAUAGUGCCAUUUUACUGAGGGAAUUUGUGGGCUGUUUUAUAGAUUUUCCUAAGCCUCUGAUUGCAGUGGUCAAUGGUCCAGCUGUGGGCAUCUCCGUCACCCUCCUUGGGCUAUUUGAUGCCGUGUAUGCAUCUGACAGGGCAACAUUUCAUACACCAUUUAGUCACCUAGGCCAAAGUCCGGAAGGAUGCUCCUCAUACACUUUUCCAAAGAUAAUGAGCCCAGCCAAGGCAACAGAGAUGCUUAUUUUUGGAAAGAAGUUAACAGCAGGAGAGGCAUGUGCUCAAGGACUUGUUACUGAAGUUUUCCCUGAGAGCACUUUCCAGAAAGAAGUCUGGACCAGGCUGAAGGCGUUUGCAAAGCUUCCCCCAAAUGCCGUGAGAAUUUCAAAAGAGGUAAUCAGGAAGAGAGAGAGAGAAAAACUACACGCUGUUAAUGCUGAAGAAUGCAGUGUCCUUCAGGGAAGAUGGCUAUCAGAUGAAUGCACGAAUGCUGUGGUGAACUUCUUAUCCAGAAAAUCAAAACUGUGAUGACCACUACAGCAGAGUAAAGCAUGUCCAAGGAAGGAUGUGCUGUUACCUCUGAUUUCCAGUACUGGAACUAAAUAAGCUUCAUUGUGCCUUUUGUAGUGCUAGAAUAUCAAUUACAAUGAUGAUAUUUCACUACAGCCCUGAUGAAUAACAAGUUUUGUAAAACAAGCUUAAGAAUUCA